AUGUUAAAUCGUUCAGAUUAUAGAAAAAAUGGAUAAGUGAUAUUUACAUAUAUUACUACUUCAUUUUACAGAAAUGUUAUAGAUUCAUUCUUAUUUAAUUAAAUUUCUAAUUUUGUAAUUAUGGACUUUGUAAAUGAAAAGUACGCUGUUAUCCCGAAAUCUUUGAAGAGUGAUGAAGAAAUUUAAAAAAAUAUGGCCCCGGAAUGUAAUUCAUUCGUUGAAAGAGCUAAAUUUUUGUUGGUAAAUGGAUAAAUUUUCUAAAAAAUAUUUGUUACAAAGAAUAUUGGAGAUUCUUUAUCUGAUCCAAUUGGGGCAUCAUAAUUAUUAGAAAUAAUUGCAAAUUAAUUACAAUCUUUGCAUGAUGAAGCCUUAAUAAAAGAAUACAUUAAAGCAGUGAGUGAAAUAUUCAAUAAAAUCGAAAUCACCAAUUAACUAAAAUAGUCUUAUAGUGACAUUUGCUUCAAUAUUUUUACAAAACAAUAUCAAUAGUACGAUAUCAUUAAUUCUUGCUCAGAGAUAUUAAAAUACUUAGAUGACCUUGAUAUUUAUAAAGAGGGGUUAUAUUUAGAAACGGACAAUCAAAUGUAUUAAAUCCUAAAGAUAAUCGAAAUAUAUUAUCAUAAAUUCACGCCUGAAUUAAAAAAAUAGGCUCAUCUUCAAAUAAAAUCGAGUAUGAAGCACAAAGACGAAAGAGUUCGUAAGACUAUUUCAGAAAUAUUACUGAGUAAUCAAUUAUUAUUAAAAUCCAUAUUACGAGAAUUCGAUUGGAUUGAUAAAUUUACAACUUUAAUUUAUGACUCAUCUAAAGAUGUUAGAACGAGCUCAGCAAAGUUAUUUUUAGUUACUUAUGAACUCAAUGAAGAGAUUCAUAAAUCUAGAUUGCUACUUUUGUUAGAAAAUAUUAUUAAAUAAUUAGAUUCAUCUUAAUUUGAGUUUUGUCAAUCAAUCUCAUAAUAUAGCUUAAAUUAAGAUAACUUGCAAUCACUUUUAAUUGAAAAAAUAACAGAAAUCAUAAACCAUAAUAAUGAAAAUACCUUUUUAUUUUUGGAAUCUAUCCAUAAGUAUUACUCAAUAAUAAAAUAAUUUAAUGAGAAGCACUCUAAUUCAAUUGAUGAUUUAUUGAUAAAUUCUAUAGAAGUACUUUCAGAAGAUAUGAGAAGUUACGACAUAUUUAAGUGCUUAUCAAAUUUAUACUCUAAUUUAUCUUAGGAUAUGUAAUUUAAAGUAAUUUAAAAAUUAUUUCUUAAUUUUGAAUUAAAUUAGCUAAUGUUUAUUCCAUAUUUAUCUGAAAUUAUUGAGAAGGCAGCUCUAAUAAAUAAAAAUAAAAUUUGGCUUUAGUAACUUCAGAUGAUAUAUGAAAUGUUUAAAAGAAAUGUUUUUCAAUUUGAAUCAAAAGGUUUGUGGAAUGAGAUAUCAAAUAUGAUCGAUAUUAUGAUCAUGAUAUCUAAAAUCUUAUUCUUGUAGAAGGAUUUUCUUCAGUAAUGUUUAAAAAUGAGCCAAAUUGGUUCUAAAUCUAUUAGAGAUAAAAUUAUGAAUUUUCUAAUUGAGAAAAUUAUUGAAUUAGACUCUCUCGAAAGUCGAGAUUAAAUAAUUCAAAAUUAUUUAGGACUUAUAAAUCAUUCAAAUUACUAAUUACGAUAAUUAUCUAUUGAGUUUAUUAUCAAAUUAUGCUAAUAAAGAUCUAGGAAGUUCUUCAUUUCAAACAACUUGAUAAAUAUCUUAUAAUUGUAGUAUGAUUCAGUUGCUUUGGUAAGAGCAAAAAUUCCAAAAUUGUUAUUCCAAAUAAAGUUAUUAUUUUGGAAUGACGAAAAGGAAAUUCUUAGUAGAAUUGUUUAAAUCUUUUAAAACCUGAUGAGCGAUAAGAAAUUAUACAUUUAACAAAUUUCCAAAGACUUUUGGGCUGAACUAGCAAAUAUUUAAUUUUCAAAUGCAGAAAACACAAUUGAACAAAAUUAGUUAAUGGAUGAAAGGGAACAAUAAGAAUAUGCAAAUUUAAAAAUGAUUAAAUAAUAAUUGUUGCUUAAUCCUAAAAAUAUUAAAAAUGAUGUCAGCAAAUCCAGAAAUCAAACUCCUACAUCAAGACUGCCUCCAUCAAAUAAAAGAUAAAAUAAUUUCUUAUAAGUUCCCAAAGGCACACAGCCAAGAAAAACAUCUGCCCAAAGAGUUAUUUAAUCAAAGUCUCCACAACCCUUUAAAUGA